UUCACUCAAAUCGACACAUUUCACUGGGUUCUCGACAUGAACCACUUCGUCGGUGAAGCAUAUGAUCAAAUCUCAGAGAUGUGUAUCUUCUUAUUAAACAAUUUCAAUCUUCCACCAGAUAAAGCUUUAGCUGUUUAUCUCCAAUCUCCAGGAUCAGCUUUUGUCUUCUGUGGUGCUGUUACUUUAGCUAGACCAUCAGCUGUGUUGUCACUUCAAUGGCCUGAAGCUGGUAGUGCUGCUCAGAUGCAACUCACGGCGGGUGAUUCGAGUUCUUUAUCGGCGAAAAUCGGUGUUUCGGUUGAGGAUAUAACGGCGUUGAGGUCGUUGGAUGUUGUGGCGGAGAGGAGGAUUGAGAAAUUAGCUAUGAAAGUUGGAGAGAAUUUGUUUAACUUUAUGCAGUCUUUUUGUGGUGUUGAUGGAAGUAAAUUGGUUGUUCCUAUGGAUAUUUUGGAUCGUUGGUUUAAGAAGUUUCAGGAGAAAGCUAAACGUGAUCCUGAUUUCCUCAAAAGCUUUGCUUUGUAAGGUUAGAGUUUAAUUGGGAAGUUAGCUUUCACUGUAUUACAAUGGCGGUUGGUUUUUGUAACAUUUGAUUUUGUGGUUCUAUAUAAUGAAUUGAAGAAGACAUUGUAGUUUUACUUAGUUUGUUAAUGUUCAUUAACUACUCAUCAUACUCUGCUUUUAAGCAGUUUAAAGUUUAUAUCUUGUUGAUUUGAGGUAGAUGAGAGGUGGAGUUUAAUCUGUCUUGUGUUGAGAAAUGAAUCUUGGUUCCUAGUUUUUGAUUAGCUCACUUCACUAUAUUGUGUGGUUUAAUCAAUUUGAUCUUGGGUUCUAUAUGAUGAAUUGGAGAAGAGAUUGUAGUUUUACUUAGUUUGCCAAUGAGAAUAUGUGAGGGAUAUGUUUAUCUUGGUGUCAGUGUUCUUCUUGCUUACAUAUGAAUCACAGUUUUAGUAAGUGGAUACUGUUUCGUAUCUAUUCAUGUUCAUAAGCUCAAACUCUGCUCUUAGAAAGUGAAAGUGAUGAACUUUAUCUUGUUGUUUUGAGGUAGAUGAAAGGGUUAAGAUUAAAACAAGCUUGUGUUUCACAUCUGUUCAUGUUUAUAUGAUGAAUCUAAGAUGAGAUUGUAGUUUACUUAGUUUGCCAGUGAGAAAAUGUGAGAGAUAUGCAUAUUUGCUUUCAAUUGCAACUCAACAGAGGAAGGUAUGACCUUUUUUGGUCUGAUUAUGAAAACUUGUAGUGAGAACUUGAUGAGUAGUAAAAAUAUGAAUCACAGUUUCUGUAUGUGGUCACUGGUCAGAGGAUGGUAUAACAGUUUCAAUGUUCUUCUUGCUUACAUUAUGAAUCAUAGUUUCAGUGAGUGGAUGCUGUUUCAGAUUCUGGUCAUGUUCAUAUGUUCAAUCAAACUCUGCUUUUAAGCAAUUUAUAGUGUUGAACUUUAUAUCUUGUUGAAUUGAGGUCAAUGAAAGGUGAAGACUUAA